AACGAUCUCAUUUUAAAAUUGACAGCGAAAAAUUUACCACCACAUUUCAAAGUUUUGGGCAUAAUUUAUAAAUUCUAGUAAAAAUAUUUAGUUUAAAAUCAACAAGGAUAAAACAUAAUAUUGAAAAGGAAACAUAAAAACGGAAAAAAAUGGAAUGCUGUUAUCCGCCUUGUGGGGAGUGCACUGUGACUCCAAUGCUGAUAGCGUCAGGCUGUGUCCCAAACUAUUGUGAAGAGGAGCCGACUUGCUAUCCAUGCUUGCCACGGUGCCAGAAGCCAGUACAGUAUGUGUGCUGCGAGCAAAAGCGUCCGCGGUCUCCGCCACGCUGUCCAGUAUAUGAGCGGGAGUGUCAGAGAGACUGUUGUCCUCAGCGAGAGUGUUGUCCACCGGCCAGAUGCUGUUCCCCGCGACGCGAGCGGCGACACGAGCCACGACAUGAGCGCCAUGAGCGCCAUGAGCGGCAUGAGCACAGUUCCGCACCAGAACCGAGUUACGAACAUUGUUGUCCCCCACCUAAACAAGUCAAGACGAAAUACAUUAUACCUUGCUACAGAUACGAAGAUGGGAGAAUUACAAAUCAACCAACGGUACUGAUGCGCCGCGCUUGUGAAGUGGCGUGCGGAACCCGUGCGAGGCGAAAGCCUUUCGUUGUCUCUUCAUACGCGGUGGACGCUGACAGCGAAAUUCGACGGUACCACUCUGAAGAUGAACGGGGAAACUGUUGCUUCCACUACGAGAGAAACAAAUCACAGUGUAACCCCCCGUGUACUUCUCUGUAUCAGCCUUGCAUGUCGUGCACGGAAUGCCAGUACGUAGACUGUGUGUACGCGCAGCCGUCCAAUACACCAAGCUGCUGCUACUAUUGCAAGUGAAGCGUCACCUCUAUAAUAAACACUCGUGUGACUUGUAAAUUAUCGUUUUGUUUAUUUUAUUGUUAUGCCCAAACAAUUUGGCGGCUAUAUUUGUUAUAAAGUUUUUCUAAUAAA